CAACGUAACAAUUAGCUGGUUCGGUGGAAACAAACCAAAAACAUAAAAUUUACUAGAAGAAGAAGAAGAAGAAGAAUACACAAGACGCUUGAAUAGAAAUAUGGGGGAGGCUGAAGUUGUCUCAGCAGACGAAAAACAAGUGGAUUCAGGAAGCUGUGCUGCUGAUGAAUCAGUGGUAUGGAGCCAAGAGGUGGAAGUGUGUCUAUUUCACGCGAUGUUGGGUCACAAACCAGUCGGGGUCAAUCGUCAUUUCCACAUGAUUUGCAUACGUGAUAAAUUUAGCCAAAACAUUGGAAGGCAGGUGUCAUCAAAGGUCAUCUGGGAUCACCUGGGAACAAUGUAUGACAUGCAGGCAUUGCAUGAGUCUGAAAUCCUCCCUUUUCCCAACUCUGAAAAGAGCUUUGUCCUGCCUGAGGACAUAAUACAGGAGGUCAGAGAAGGGAAAGUAGGUUCAGAGGAUGAUAUAAAGGAAGAGUUUAAAGAAGAGAAGGAUCUUUCGGCCACCCAUGAAGAAGGCAGCAACUCUUCAGUGAAGAUGACUGAACGCUCAAGCAGUGGGCGAGAGAAGGAGCGAGAGCGUGAGAGGGAGAAAGCGAAUUCAGUUGAGUCAGGUGGUGGCUCCAAGGAGGCCACGGGUGAGAAGAGGAAACGAAAUCGGGCCUCAGAAAAAACACUGAGCACCGGCAACCCAUCCAGCCCUGGAGGAGCUAAACGCCGCAGAACAUAGUCAUGGCCAUCGUGAUUAAUUUGGAGGAUCUAACUCCUCAGGACUGAGAUGGCUUACGUUAGGCCAACCAGUGUCUUGGCCAUGGUUAAAGUGAUAUGUUGUGAGGCACUGUUUCUGUAUGAGAGGAUGGUCCUCUGUUUGAUCUUUUUCAGAAGCUUGGUGUAUGAGGGAACACACCAGUGCACACGUAUACACAGCAUACUGAACAAUAAUCUGGACUCCAAUAGAACAUUAUUAGCAAUGGUCAAAAGCUUCCAGGCUGUGGUUCAUAGUACAGACAUAUCGAAAGUAUGUUUUAGGUAAGGUUAUAUCAUAUUUUGUUGAAGUGACCUCACAGAGUAAUUUCUGUACUUGAACAUGUUUGAUGGCAUUUUUUGAUAAUGGUCUGUGACCGCCAUAAUGGUCAAUUAAGGAUAGGAGGCUCAGUACUGUACUUAGUUCUUAGUGCAACUUGCUUCGUGAUUACAAUACAGUUCUUGUUUAAAAUGCUUCUGUCGUGACUUGCUUUGGAUUUUCAGACUAUCUACGUGGUGUGUGUAACUUAAGCGAGAUGGACUCAAAUCAAGUUCAUGCAUUUCCAUUGUGUAUUUGCUAAGGAGGAAUGUGACUUUUAUUUUAAUUUUUUUAUUAUAAUUUUUUUUUUUUUUUUUUUUUUACAACCAUCUGUAUUUAUUAAUUUUUUGUUUUUUAAAAAAGAUGUCUGCAAGCCUUAAAUCAGGCAUAACAUUGGUUUAUUUUAUAAAAGAAUAAAUGCUGGCCUGCGCUGGUUAAUCUUUUGAAUAAG